AUGACUCAAAGACAAAAGACCGUCAAAAUCGCCGCUAUUCAAGCAUCACCAGCAUGUUUCAAUCUCUCUGAAAGUCUCAAAAGGAUUCAACACUUUACUGCAACAGCGGCCUCUCAAGGAGCAGAACUAGUGGUCUUCCCAGAAGGGUUCUUAUCCGCAUAUCCAUGGCGAUACGCGUUCGAUGCCACGAUCGGGUUCCGUGAGCCCCGAGGUUUCUAUGUUCAUUCUGGAGUUUGAACUAGGCUGAUUAUAGCAGGCCGAAAAUGGUUUGCCAAGUACCAUGAAUCAUCGAUAGAUAUUUCGUCCCCAGACUUCGACAUUUUGCUCGAAUGCGCGAGGGAGAACAAGGUCAAUCUUUAUGUUGGUAUUAUUGAAAAAGAUUUGAGAGGAACCUUGUAUUGCACUACGGUUUUCAUAGGGAAAGAGGGGACACUUCUUCAUAAACACAGAAAGGUAAGUAAGUCUGCUGCACUAAUUCCCAAAGAUGAACUUCUGAGUAAGAACUGUUGUAGUUGAUUCCGACAGGCGCCGAGCGAUUAGUUUGGGGACGGGGUGCAGGGGAUUCAUUGAAAGUGACUGAUGUCGGUUUUGGCAAAGUUGGCGGGUUGAUUUGCUGGGAGAACUAUAUGCCCGCUGCCAGACUUUCUUUAUACCAAUUGGGAAUUGAGUAUAUGCCCGAACCAACUUGGAAAGGAGAUCAACUCUAACGGGUUUUAUCUGGCAGGAUUUACAUCGCUCCAAACGCAGACGACUUACCCGCUUGGAGUGCAAGUAUGCAGCAUAUCGCCAAAGAAGGUCGAUGUUUUGUUAUUUCCGUCAAUCAGUUCUGCAAGGUAUCAAUCCCUUCUUCCCAUCUCUCCCGUCAUUAGGAAAAUCGAAGCUCAAAGUGAAUAACACCAGGUGUCUGAUUUCCCUGAUGAUUAUCCCCCUUUUGCAGAGGGAAGCAUAGAUCGCAAUUCUGACGGUGAGAACUGGAGCAAGAACGAUAUUUUGAAUCAUGGUGGAUCAUGUGUUGUUGGUCCCUUGGGUACUUUCAUCGUGGAGCCUGUUUUCGACAAAGAAGAGAUAUUGUAUGCAACGUUGCAGCUUUCUGAUCUCGUGGAGGCAAGGGUAAGUUUACGCCCUUAUCUUGACUUUUUGGCAAUUGCUCAUUUUGAUGUCAGAUGGAUUUUGAUCCUGUUGGAAACUAUUCGAGGCCGGAUAUUUUGUAGGUGGCUACCAGUGGCAAUCAAGACUUUAUUAACUAAUUACUUAGUACUUUAAAUGUCGACAAGAAAUCCGCUGUCAAUGUAGCGUUUAAGGAAUGA